GGGGAGAGUGAAAAAAUAAAACGGUUUUGCGGCCAGAAGGGAGGCUAUCCCGUAACGGAUUGUGGAUGCAAAGAACUUCGACAGACAAGCAGAUAUUUUUUGAAUCGCUUCUGAAGCUACAUCUUUCUGUACAAGGACACCGGUGAAGGAUGAAUCUUGAAACCAGCGGCGGCAGGAGCGCGAACGGGGAUGCUGUGAUAUGGCCAUAGACGGCGAGGGAGGGAGAGAGCAAGGGAUAGAAGGGAGGAGGGAGGAGAGUACUACGCCAGCUAAAUAUUGUCAUUUUUUGUAGAACCACGAUUUAUUACAACCAUCCAAUCGAGCAUUUUACAUAAUAGAGAAAACGAUUAUUUCUCGAAAUAAAAAAAUAUUUUGGUCUGAACAGAAACGCAAGGUGAAAUUGUUGACAGACGUUGACUGGAGAAUACAGAUAAAAAUAAGUGUAGGCUAGUCCGAACGGGUGUGGAUAGCAGGGUGGCUGUUUUGACUCUCUGUCCCCCCUCUAUUUCAUGAUACCAGGCCCUGGGAUAAUCCGAAGAGUGCACCGGAUAUUGGGAAAACCACCCAUCUGAGGCUAAAACGGAAUAUUACUAUUCAUAUAGCCUAAAGGGCGGAGCAGAGAUAGUUUUACAUACCAAAAUGGGAUAACAAGAGGUGGAGGGAGACUAAAAUAUGUUACGAUAAUAAGAUUCUUUACAAAUGCCAUUAGUAUGUUUUUAUAAGGAUCACUGAUGACAGUAACGGGUGUAGGCUAUGGGGUGCAGAAUUGUGUGCAAUCUAGCCGUUACAUGGAGCCUAUCUGAUUCAAUCAUUUUUGAUAGGCUAUUGCAGCUCCUUACAUCUAUCUGCCUGUACUAAUAUUAACAAUAGGACACAUUUAUUUCGUAUGUUAAUAAUAAUUGUAAUUCAUAAUAACUGGCAUCAUUUUGGACUUCUCAAAUAUGCACCUGUCAAUCUCCCUACGAAUUUCUCUCUUCCACUUUCUAACAUCCCAUUAUUUAAUUCCUGUUUAGUUAAUUCACGGUCGUUGAUAAUAAACUGGAGUUUACCGAAUUUAUAUCACGGUAACCGCAUAGAAAAAGGCAAGUGCAUGGGAGUAGCCCAGCCUAGACGAUAGGCCACGAAAUUGUCAUCACGACUACAACCGCUCUCUCCAUUCCUCCCUGUGAUAAUAUCGCUAGGCGUCUGUAAUGCUAUUACCGUGGAGCUGUUCUACCCCGAGGACCGAUAGCUAUAAAUUCCUAUUGAAAACAACAGUAAUUUGAUCUCCUUAUCAUCAUAUAAUAUCGCCUUCAACGCACGGACAUCAUGACAAGCAAGGAGCUGUCCGUAGGCCAGUCGGCCCAAUACGUCGGGCCUUACCGGUUGGAGAAAACCCUUGGGAAGGGGCAGACAGGUUUGGUGAAGCUGGGAGUCCACUGUAUUACGGGACAGAAGGUGGCCAUAAAGAUUGUGAACCGAGAGAAGCUGUCUGAGUCUGUCCUUAUGAAGGUGGAGAGGGAGAUAGCUAUUCUAAAACUAAUAGAGCACCCUCAUGUGCUGAAGCUGCAUGAUGUUUAUGAGAAUAACAAAUACCUGUAUCUGGUGUUGGAGCAUGUUUCAGGAGGAGAGUUAUUUGACUACCUGGUGAAGAAGGGCAGACUGACACCUAAAGAGGCCAGGAAGUUCUUCAGACAGAUCAUCUCAGCACUGGACUUCUGCCACAGCCACUCUAUAUGUCAUAGAGACCUGAAGCCUGAGAACCUGCUCCUGGAUGAGAAGAACAACAUCCGCAUCGCUGACUUUGGCAUGGCCUCCCUACAGGUGGGGGACAGCCUGCUAGAGACCAGCUGUGGAUCUCCUCACUAUGCAUGUCCAGAAGUUAUCAGGGGGGAGAAGUAUGAUGGUCGCAGGGCAGAUGUAUGGAGCUGUGGCGUUAUUCUCUUUGCACUGCUGGUGGGAGCUCUACCCUUUGACCAUGACAACCUGCGCCAGCUCCUUGAGAAGGUGAAGAGUGGGGUGUUCCACAUGCCCCACUUCAUCCCCCCAGACUGCCAGGCCCUGCUCAAAGGAAUGAUUGAGGUCAACCCUGACAAGAGACUCACGCUAGAAGCAAUACAAAAACACUCAUGGUAUCUUGGUGGUCGUAACGAGCCGUGUCCGGAGCAGCCUCCUCCCAGACGUGUGUGUGUGAAGAGGAUUGUGUCACUGACAGAGCUGGACCCCGAUGUACUGGACAGCAUGCACUCUCUUGGCUGCUUCAGAGACCGGGGAAAACUGACCCAGGACCUGCAGUGUGAGGAAGACAACCAGGAGAAGAUGAUCUACUACCUCCUCUUGGACAGGAAAGAGCGUUACCCCAGCUGUGAGGACGAAGACCUGCCGCCCAGGAAUGAUAUAGAUCCCCCUAGGAAACGGGUGGACUCUCCCAUGCUGACCCGUCAUGGCCGGUGCCGGCCAGAGAGGAAGAGUCUGGAGGUGCUGAGUGUGACGGAGCAGGGCUCCCCCACACCCACGCGCAGGGCGCUAGACACCUCCGCACACAGCCAGAGGUCUCGUUCAGUCAGUGGAGCUUCAACAGGGCUCUCAUCAAGUCCUCUCAGCAGUCCCAGGGUAAGUCACGUCACCCCUCAGGGGUCUCCACUCCCCACCCCCCUGGGCACCCCCGUCCACCACCCCCAGCUCCCCCCGCCCACCCCUCCCUCCUCCUCCUCAUCCUCCUCCUCCUCGCGGGCAGCGGGGGGGAUGGCCGCCAGUAGCUCCGCCCACUGGAGGACACGCCUCAACUCCUUUAAGAACAACCUGCUGGGAUCGCCACGCUUCCACCGACGCAAACUGCAGGUUCCAACACCGGAGGACAUGUCCAGUCUAACUCCAGAAUCAAGCCCAGAGCUGGCCAAGAAGUCGUGGUUUGGGAACUUCAUCAGCCUGGAAAAGGAGGAACAGAUAUUUGUUGUCAUUAGAGACAAACCGCUUAGUUCCAUUAAAGCUGAUAUAGUCCAUGCCUUCUUGUCUAUCCCGUCCCUGAGUCACAGCGUCGUCUCCCAGACCAGCUUCAGAGCAGAAUAUAAGUCCUCUGGUGGCCCCUCCGUCUUCCAGAAGCCUGUUAAGUUCCAGGUGGACAUUGCCUUCUCUGAGGGAGAGAGGGACAGAGAAAAGGAACGAGCCGAGAGGGAAGGAAAGAGGGAAAAUGGCAUCUACAGUGUGACUUUCACCCUCAUAUCAGGUCCAAGUCGCAGGUUCAAGAGAGUGGUGGAAACGAUUCAAGCCCAGCUACUUAGUACUCAUGAUCAGCCAUCUGUGCAGGCACUGGCUGAUGAGAAGAAUGGGCAGCUGACCUCGCGUCCGCCCAGCACCCCGACCCGGCAAAACUCCCGACGUUCGGAAGGAGGCGGGGACCGGGGCGAGAGGUGUGAGCAUGGUGACGCAGGGAUAGGGGGCAGUGGGAGCGUGCUUCAGAGGAGGAGCUCGGGCAAAGACAAGACCAGACUCCUUUCCUCCAAUGGGACACAGUCCCAGCCCUGAGGGAACAUUCUGGAAACAGACAACAGGAUAGGGCAGAUAGAGAGAGAUGACCCUAGAGAACAACACAGACAAACCCCCUCAGACUACCACUAUCACCACUACCACCGUCACAUCUACCAAACCACCUGACCCAGCAAUCAUCAUCACAAACCACUGCUUCAACCUGAAACGGGCCCAACAAGAUAGUUGGCCACCAAGAUGGAAGAAAGAAAAUAGCGGAUGAGAGUAAAACGCAGUGUCACUCAGAUUAGUUUCAGAACAGAAGACAAGAUCAGAAAAAUGUCUAAUUGUACGUUUGAAGUACAACACAUCAUGCAACUGCCAACAACAAUAUGUAGCCAGUAAAAUAAGCGGGCAGACUUAUAUAGGGAAUGGCAGGCUCUGAAUGGUUAAAGGCUAAAUGGAUUUUUUUUUUAAGUUAUCUGGUCUACAACCAAUAAGAUGAAAACCAUUGUGAAAAUUCCGAAAUAAUAUCAACAAUUAUAACAGUGUUUCCCAGUUGACGUGGAUCCACUUUUAAGUUUUACCUAACAUCGGUUUUUGGGACAGUGAGAGUGAAAUAUUACGGGUCAAGUCAAUUCAGUGGAUAUCAAGGAAACAGACAGGUUGGGUCCUUUCACUGGAUUCUCAUUAACGAUAAGUUACGAGAACAGAAACAUGGUAGAAUUUAAAGAUAAUGAUGAGGAACACUGCAUCAAAAUCAGAAUGAAGCGUCCAAAUGCAUCUUUUGCAUCCAAGUAGCUCCAAAGAUGUCAAUACAGCUAUUUGAACAAAAUAAAGACAAAUAUCUGUUUUUCUUUAUAACUAAGCACCACAAUUGUAUGAUUCCUAAAAUGCAAUUGAAACAAACUUAUGAAAACCAUCUUGCCUUUAAAUGAGGAUUAAGCAACAGAUAUCUCUACAGAUAUCACGCAAGUCAAAGAAAAAUAACAGACGAGGUAUGGAAGAAAGUCUCAACGCCCCCACUACAACUGACAUCUGGAAUAUGUAGAGAUUUCAAACAGGUAAUGGAACGAUAUAACUAGAAUCAUUAGAGUAGAACUAUGAAUGGAACCCUCAGCAGAUCCUCUGAAUGAUGAGCUCUGUUCACUUCAGUCCAAUGGAAGAUGAAGAAGAUGUAGUUCAAAGGAAGUUACCUUCAUCGGUUGUUUAUUCCAGGAGGACUGAACCAAGCACUCCACAUACAUUAUUGUUUUCUACAGAAAACAACCAACCAUCCCUCCUCCCUCCCUUACAUUCACAAUAUGGCCGACAUGGGGCACUGAAUGAUGCGGCUUUUGAAAAGGCCCUAAACUGACUUGUUCUGUUAAGAGAGCAGAGGGUGGUGAGGAGGUGGAAAAGCUCAUUUCAAGAAACAAAGAGACUUUGACUUAAGGAUGACAGAGAAAAACAUUGAAACCGCUGCACACUCAUUCCCAGGAGAGGAAAGGAACAGACCACACAAAAAUUAUGAAAUCCAUUUAGUUUUUUGUUUGCUUUCACCUUUUGUUUAUGUGAUUUGAGCACAAAUGAGUUUGAUGUUUGCCGCCAACAAAAUGGAGUUAACGCUAACCAAGUGAAUGUCAAAAACAAACACUAUUGUGACAAUAUUUAUUUAUUUCAUUUUAUGUCAUAGAUUUAUUUAAUAUUUAUUUAUGUAUUUAUUUGUUGAUUUAUAUAUUGCAAAGAGGAAAUGUAGUGGAAAGGGAAGAUGCUGACAAAAAUAGAGGGGAAAGUUCUGUUGGAAUAUUGGAACAGCAUUGAAACUGACAAAAUGGCUGCUGUAGUUGAAACCAGAUUGAACCCUCUUUUCAAUGUUUUAGAAACCAAUGCUGCAAAAUUUCUCCCUGCUCUUUUUGAUGUCUUUAUUGUUGAUUUGUCUUUGUUUGGUAUAAUGAAGAUUUCCCAUUUAAAGCAACAAAACAAAACUAAUUUUAAGAAAUGAAGGAUAGAUUUGAUGCUUUGGGAAUUUCUGGGAUGGCAAAAAAUAUGAAAAUCUUCCAUGAAGUAAAUAAAACAUUAUCGCAUAGACACUUGAAAAAGCAGAGAGCAGGAAAGGGUGGGGAUAGUAAUCUCUAAUUCCUUCUUUGUCAUAUUCUGCUAGAAUGUUGUUACUUAAGCGUACAAAGAUAUGGACACACCACCUAAAAACACUGACUGAGGGCCCAACAUCACGUGCAGAACACAAGCAGUAUUCACAUACACACGGACCCUCCUGUUCUUUCAGAGAAAAAAAAAACGAUUCUAAAUUUGACCUUAAAAUUGGAAUGCACUGUCCUAAAAGACACAAAACAAAUAAAGUGGUUUCCCCCUACCAUCCCUUCGCCCUUGGCCACUGCCAUGCCCCCC